UGCCUCCUGUCAGUUGUCUUCUCACCGCUGUUACCACACGGUCGUAUUUGACGGCGGGACCAACGCAGAACAGCAGCAGCAGCAGCAGCUAUGGCUAAAAGUGAUGGAUGCGAUUACUUUAGAAGAACCAGCCUCUUUUGGAUUGUCUCCGUGACACUGGGGGUUGGAUAUUUCACUUGCAUCGUGUUUGCGCCAGAAAAAAUCCCAUUUGAGUCCUUUGGUCUGUUUGGCAGCUUCUGCAGACACCUUGUGGAUAACUAUGCUGGCAUUAUGUACACGGGGUGGUGGGCUGCCUUCGCUAUCCAUGUUUUUGAGGCUCUUGUUGCAUUGAGGGUAUGCGGCAACAAAGGCAUCACCAGCCCGGCUGCUCGCUGCCUGUGGUUCGUCCAGACCUUUCUGUUUGGCUUCGCCUCCCUCGGCAUGCUCCUCAAGUACGACCCCGAGCGUCCCAAACAGCACUGACGAAGCGCACAACAACAACACUGCAUAAGCUGAAUCCAGAAAAAUCAAUCGCUUCCUUUGUGCCUCUUCUUCUUUUUCUUCUUCUUCUUCUUCCACUGUCUUUGACUUUGAUAUGGAAUCCUGCUGAGGGGCAAGUGGAGGAAGACAUCUGAGCCUUUUCUGUUCUACUGGUUCUUUUAACAUUAAAGUUUGGAUGUGAAGACAUAUCUUUUAUAGACGCACUUUUUUUUCUUACUUAGUUUACACUACUUUCUGUUUCCUAUGAUGGACAUACAUUUCCAUUUCAUUCUAUAGAUUUUCUAUUCAUAAACCAUAGACGUUUUUAUUGAUAAUGAUAUUAACACGUUAAUAAUUAACAUGAAUUAAUUUUUUAAAGGACCAGAGUUCUCAGUAUCAGUCUGCCUCGGUGCUGAAUAUUUAGUGCAAUACAAGGGGACUCUUUUUAAAUGAAAUGAUUUUGUACUCUAAUGAUGUUUACAUUCAGCCUGGGUGGUGACUGUCGGAUGGAUAUUUUCUCAGCUGCUGUGAUGAAGACAGGUUGGCUGCAGAUGGUACGCUGCCGUCGGCCCCAAAAGUUCCCCAGGAUAAACAUAAAGAGAGAUUCUGUAUGCUUUUCAAAUUCACAUUUGCCUUUCAUAUUCAAGUAAACUACAGACUGGAAGUUCUUAAUGUUGAUGCUGCAAAAAUAAAGAGUGACUUACAAACUGCA